ACGGUGCUUAAUCCUGUAAAUGGCUUCUCCACAGUUCUGCUUCUGCCAUGCUGUUGCUGCCAAUCCACUGCCCAUGGCUCCAAAGCAAGCUCUUUGCUCUCUAAUACUAAAAUCACCAUUUUCAUCUUCCAUUACGAGGUCUGCAAAGUCUCAUUAUCAUCGAAAUUGUUGUUAUAGUUGCACAGUCGAUGCAUGUGUCGAUGUCAAAGAACUGAGAAGCCCAGACCUGGUGGCCUUGGAGUACGCUGACCUAAACCUCACUGAUAAAAUUUCUAGAGAACUGGGUCAUGUUAGAAUCAGGCAACAUGUGAACCCUCUGAGUUCCUCGUUUUCUGUGCCAGCAAGAAUACCUGAUUGGAGGGAAGUCUUCAGGAACCCAACAUUACCACUCAUGGUGGAUAUUGGAAGUGGGAGUGGAAGGUUUCUCAUAUGGCUUGCAAAAAAGAAUCCAGAUUCAGCAAAUUAUUUGGGACUUGAAAUACGGCAAAAACUGGUCAAGCGUGCUGAACUCUGGGUAAAAGAGCUGGCUCUUGGUAACAUACACUUCCUGUUUGCAAAUGCUACAGUUUCCUUCAGGCAAUUGGUUCUUGAGUACCCUGGACCCUUGAUGUUUGUUUCAAUUUUGUGUCCAGACCCUCAUUUCAAGAAAAGGCAUCAUAAGCGAAGGGUCGUGCAGAAGCUGUUGGUAGAUUGUAUCAUCAGCAAUUUAUUGCCUGGAGGAAAGGUUUUUGUGCAGUCUGAUGUGCUUGAGGUGGCACUUGACAUGAGGAAUCAAUUUGAUGCAGAAUCACAUGUGCUUCAACACAUUGAUGAAACUGAUCCAAGCAAAUUGAUUGACGAUGAUGGAUGGCUUUUGAAUAAUCCAAUGGGAAUAAGGACUGAAAGAGAAAUCCAUGCAGAAUUUGAAGGUGCUAAAAUUUACAGAAGGUUGUACCAAAAGCGGACAUAAUAACAAGCUUUCUGCUAUUGCAAGUGUUCCAAGUUUGCGUAGGAGGUUUGAAAGUUCUUUAUAUAAUUCAAGCUCAUGCUUAUGAAAUUUGUGAAAUAUAGAGAGAUUUUUGCUCAUAUUCAUCAAUGUAUUUUUCUUGUAGCAAAAGAGAUAUGUCAGGUAUUCUUUCUUUCUUUCUUUUAUUCAAUACAAUUUUCAAGGGCUUACUCUAUAGUAUCUUGUUAUGUAUGUUUAUGGAAUUAUGAAACAAUUUGAACAUAAAGAACUGGCCUGUCUUUUUGCA